GACAGUGUACUACAAAAUAUGCACAUACUAUGUAAUAUACCCUGCCCUGUAUACGGUUUUGUGUAACAUGGCACCAAUCAGCGCUCGUGAUUUUUUGAUUUAAAACUUGAAAUUGUUAAGGUGGUAAUUUGUCAUCGUCGGUAAACAACUGUCCAGUUCCUUCCAUUUUCUGUGAAAAUAAAUCUGAAAAGAAUUUGACUUUACAAAGGUUCGUCAUGUUUUAUAAUUAUCAACUGUGAAUCAAUCUCUUUUCAAAAUGGCAGAAAAUCUUUCGAAACGGCCUCCCAAGGGAAUUUUAAAGUCAUCUAGCAGUUUCGAUAAUCCAGAUGUACCCAGUAACUUUUAUCGCAGACCAAGUAAAGAAACAAAAUGGGAUGAGAUGAAUAUAAUUGCAACAUUGCACCCACCAGAAAAAGAUUAUGGUCAUAUGAAGAUCGAUGAACCAAAAACCCCAUACAAUUAUGAAGGCCUGCAAGCUGAAUUUGAUUUUGAUCAAUUAGAUUCUACUGCAGUUGCUGCCAAAUUAGCAGAAGGUAGUAAACCAAAAAUAUUUGAAGAAUCAAGCGAGGAUGAAGAUGAGAAAGAAACUCUGGAAGAAAGAGAAAAACGUAAAGCAUUUGAAGCAAAGAGAAAGAGGCAUUAUCAAGAGUGGCAAGUAGUUCAGAUGGCUCGAAAACAGUUACUUGAACAAGAUGAAGAGGAUGAAGAUGAGGAGGAUAAUGAAGAAAAUGAAGAAGACAUAGAAAAAGAUGACAAUAAUACUCUUCCUUCAGAAGAACAAAUUGAUUUUGAUGUUAAAUUCAAAUGCAUGCCAUCUUGUAAUACAACAAAAGGAAAGUGAUAUGGUAGAAGAUAUUUAUAAAUGUUAUUACUUGAUUAAAAUUUAGGUUUCAGUUAUCUGAUAAUUUUAA